GAAAUAACGGAAUAAGGGGAAAGUUUCGAAGCUUCCAUCGCGGUGGUUGAACUCGCCAAACUUGGAAAUCCACUGUACAGAAAAUAUAGAGGAAUUCGGAUCCUUACCGGACCCGACCCACCGUAGUUCUCAGGUCGACGGCGUUGUUCCUACUCGGAUCACAGCUUCAGAAUCGCCAAGAUUUCACGUUCUUCCUCAAUGUUCUUUCUUGUUAGGGGUUGAAUGAAUUAUGGGAGAACCCUCUCUUACCAGUGACCAAUCACCUCAUGUGGAACACAGUGACAUUCAUAAAGAGGGAGAUGAAGAUGCCCCAAUUUCAGAGUUAGAUGGUUAUCAUGGAAGGAAGGAAUUUGUUGCACCCGCUGUCGGAAUGGAAUUUGAAUCUUAUGAAGAUGCUUACAAUUACUAUAAUUGUUAUGCUAAGGAAGUUGGUUUUCGUGUCAGAGUGAAGAAUUCAUGGUUUAAGCGGAAUAGUAGGGAAAAGUAUGGUGCGGUACUUUGUUGCAGCAGCCAAGGUUUCAAAAGAAUUAAAGAUGUCAACCGAUUACGGAAGGAUACCAGAACUGGUUGUCCUGCAAUGAUCAGGAUGAGGCUCGUGGACUCACAAAGAUGGAGGAUUCUUGAAGUUUCACUUGAGCAUAACCAUUUAUUAGGGUCUAAGAUUUACAAGUCGAUAAAGAAGAUGAACGGUGGUGCUAAGAGGAAGAUACAAUUAAGCUCUGAUGCAGAAGAUCGAACUAUCAAAUUGUAUCGAGCACUUGUGAUUGAUGCUGGUGGCAGUGGGACAUCAGAUUCUAGUGUCAAAAAAGUUAGGAUUUUUCCUGACCAUCCAAAUCAUUUAAACCUUAAAAAAGGUGAUUCGCAAGCCAUUUAUAACUACCUAUGCCGCAUGCAGUUGACUAACCCGAAUUUCUAUUACUUGAUGGAUCUCAAUGACGAAGGUCGCCUACGUAAUAUGAUUUGGGUUGACGCUCGAUCAAGAGCUGCAUGUGCUUUUUUCGGUGAUGUUGUUUGCUUUGACAAUUCAUAUUUGUCUAAUAAAUAUGAGAUUCCCCUUGUGGCAUUUGUUGGAAUAAAUCACCAUGGUCAAUCAGUGCUGCUUGGUUGUGGCCUCUUGGCUGGUGAGACAACAGAAUCUUAUACUUGGUUAUUUAGAGCUUGGCUGUCAUGUACAUCGGGCCGCUCUCCUCAAACAAUUAUUACGGAUAGGUGCAAGCAUUUGCAAGCUGCAAUUGCAGAAGUAUUGCCAAAGUCUCAACAUCGCUUUGGUUUGUCAUAUAUCAUGAAGAAAGUGCCCGAGAAGCUGGGAGGACUGCGGAAUUAUGAUGCCAUCAGAAAGGCAUUUAAUAAAGCAGUUUAUGAAACUCUGAAGGUCAUUGAAUUUGACUCUGCUUGGGGAUUCAUGAUCCAGCGAUUUGGAAUUAGCGACCAUGAAUGGCUUAGAUCUCUAUUUGAAGAUCGAGGUCGGUGGGCUCCUGUUUAUUUGAAAGACACAUUUUUUGCUGGAAUGUCUUCCAUGCGUCGAGGGGAGAAGCUAAAUCCCUUUUUUAAUAAGUAUGUCCACAAACAAACCCCGUUGAAAGAAUUUCUUGACAAGUACGAACUGGCUUUACAAAAGAAGCACAAGGAAGAAGCCUCUGCCGACAUAGAAUCAAGAAACUCUUCCCCCGCUUUAAAAACAAGAUGUACUUUUGAGUUGCAGCUCUCUAAAGUGUUUACUAGAGAAAUAUUCACAAAAUUCCAGUUCGAAGUUGAAGAAAUGUAUUCAUGCUUCAGCACAACACAGUUACAAGUUGAUGGUCCGUUGGUCAUAUUCUUGGUGAAGGAACGCGUAGUGAGCGAGGGUAACAGGAGGGAGAUUCGAGAAUACGAGGUUCUUUACAACAGAACAGCAGGCGAGGUUCGUUGUAUAUGCAGUUGCUUUAACUUCUAUGGAUACCUAUGUCGCCAUGCCUUGUGUGUACUUAAUUUCAACGGGGUCGAGGAGAUUCCUUCUAGGUACGUCUUAUCGCGAUGGAAGAAGGAUUAUAAGAGAUUGUAUGUUUCGGAUCAUGAAACCAAUGUUGCUGAUGAUAACGAGCUCGUGCAAUGGUUCAAUCAGCUGUACAAAAGUGCCUUGCAAGUUGUAGAAGAAGGUGUAAUUUCUCUUGACCAUUACAAAGCUGCAUUGCAAGCCUUUGAGGAAUCAUUAAGUAAGGUUCAUGAAGCAGAAGAGAAACAUUAAUAACUCUGCUUGAAGACUGAAGCUCAAUUGAAAUAACAUGCUCCUCUAGAUAUAAAUAGCUCUUUUUUUUUUUUUUUUUUUUUUUGGGGUUAUACCAUUGAUAGGAAAAUUUUACUGUGAAUUAGUGUAAAGUCGUCUUCACUUUUUUUGUGAAUCUUGUGCCUGUUUAUCUCUUCUCCAUGAAAUUGGAGGUACUAAAAGUAAGAAGAAUGGGGGAGAUCUAAACUAAAGGGGAAAAUUUUAUUCCUGGCUAUUGACAGCAAAAGUUCCAAUUUUAAUGUUCUUUAUUUGAAGAGAAUGAGAUCCAACCAAGAAUGUUACUCUUGUCAAAA